UCACGGGCUACGCUCACCUUCACCUUCACCCUCCUUCAUCCCAAGGCAUUACAAAGGCAUUACAAAGGCAUCUAUAAGCACGCCAACACGGCCAACACCUCGUACGAGCACUCCUCCUCACUCAUCGCACCUGCUCCCGCCACUCUCUUUCAUCUACACCAUGUCGGAGCCUAUUCCAGAGUCCAUCCCCACAUCGGCAGACCCGCGCUCCAAGCGUCCUACCAAGAAGCGUGCCCUCACUCCUCGCUCCGCUCUUGCAAAUGAUGUUGAGGCCCUCUUCGCCAAGCCUGAUCGCGACAUCCACAUCCCAGGCUCCGCGCCCAAGAGGAAUUCCCUGGCGCCCCCUCCAGAGAUUGUUGCCAACGUCCAGGGCUCCAGCGCUGGUGCAGGCAGUGGCGAGUUCCAUGUCUACAAAGCGAGCAGGAGACGGGAAUAUGAGAGACUGAGGCUGAUGGAUGAAGAAGUAGCGAGGGAGGAAGAGGAGAAGGCCUUCCGGGAAAGGAAGGAGGAGAUGGAGAAGAAAGACAGGGCGAAGACGGAUAAGAAUAGAGCGAGGAGAGAGAAGGCAAGGAUGAAGAAGGCGAUGCAGAAGAAGGGGGGAAAGGGUGAGGGAGCCGCGGGGAGCGACGGGGUUGCCAGUGAAGGAAGGGCCAAGAAGCUCAAGCCGAACUCGGCUGCUCCAUGGCCCAUUGGGCAAGACGACAGCCCGCUGCCGGAUGGAGGGGAGGUUAAGAGUGCCGACGAGGUCGGCCUUGUCAUUCAUGACGAUGACUGAGACUCAUCGAGGCUGGACCUCUUUCGUGAUGAAGUCAAUUUCAGUUACUCUGGCCUCCUGCUGCAAGCCUCCGACUUCACAUUCCGUGACAUGGACGGGAAUUGCAUCCCAGAGUCUAGAGAUUGCAUUUCCACACCUAGAGAAGAGUUGAAGGAGGGGGAGCUGUCACCUUCAAGUUCUGAGGCUGCUUCAUUUCGUUGUGGCCCCAGGAGGUGACUUGCUACUCUUCGCGUCUCUCCGGGUUUCCUCUCGCCUCUUGUACGCGUGGUUAUUGGCUUUCUCCAGGCUUUUCCUCUAGCAUUCCCUGG